AUGGAUAUCAACAUCAAACCACAGAAAAGCGCCCUCAUUGUUGGCUGCCAUGAGAUUGCACUGGAUAUUGCCAACAAUCUCAAUACCACUCGAGAGGUUACCCCUGCGGGCCACCUACACGUUACCAACAAGGCGAACGUCAAAUUCGCUGGGAGUCUAAGGAUCAUCACGCUUGCUGCGCGCACCGGUGAUCGAACAAUCUUUGAACCAAUUUACAAUCAGAUCCAUCCACGACUGGCAGCGACAUUCCUCCGCCGAGGUCUCUGGCGGCAUGAGCGAGCUCAGCUCUGCCGGGAUUCAACAGUUGCCCUGGCAGAGCAAAUCCUUCAAGAAGCUCCCGCUCAGAUCGACUUUGACGACUCUGAUGAUGGAGACCUAAAUGUUGUAUUGUUGGAGACCGAGCUGCUCUGA